CUCUCUCUCAGGUGUCGCAGUCGCAGGACGUGUGUGUGUGUGUGUUCCAGGAUGCCGCUGGUGAAGCGCAGCAUCGAGCCUCGUCAUCUGUGUCACACGGCUCUUCCACACACCAUCAGAAAUGAGCUGGAGUGUGUGACCAACAUUUCACUGGCCAACGUCAUACGACAGCUGAGUAGCCUCAGUAAAUAUGCGGAGGAUUUGUUCGGAGAACUCUUUAAUGAAGCUCAUUCCUUCUCGUUUCGAGUGAACUCACUCCAGGAGAGAGUCGACCGCCUGUCAAUCAGCGUCACUCAACUCGACCCGAAAGAGGAGGAGUUGUCUCUUCAGGACAUCACGAUGAGGAAGGCUUUCCGCAGCUCCACUAUCCAGGACCAGCAGCUGUUUGAGCGUCAGUCUCUGCCCGUCCCGAUGCAGGAGACGUACGAGCUGUGCGAACAGCCUCCGCCGCUGAACAUCCUCACGCCCUACAGGGAUGAUGGGAAGGAGGGUCUGAAGUUCUACACCAACCCGUCGUACUUCUUCGACCUGUGGAGAGAGAAAAUGCUUCAGGACACAGAAGACAAGAGGAAAGAGAGGCGGAAACAGAAGUUGCAGGAUCCGCACAUGUAUGAUCAGGUCUAUAAAUAUUUGGACCUUCCAGUGCAGCUAAAGAACAUCGAUCGCCCCCAUGAUCUGGAGAAGGUCCCGCGAGCGCCUCACGACCGGAAGAAGGAGUGGCAGAAGAUGGCGCUGGGGGCGGAGCUUGCUGACGACGACAUGGAGGACACACACACAGACACCAACGGGUCGGCAACCUACCAAGAGCACAGGCAGAUGUACAUGGAUCAUCUGGACGGGUCGUUCUCUCUGGCUGCGCUGCCGUACUCUCAGAUGAACGAACUCCUGAGUCGCAGCGGAGAGAGAGCAUUCGGACGCCCACACGACCCUCCACCACCACCACCCACAUACACACCCGACCUCAAACCAGCCUCUGUUAUCAGCUCCAGCUCAGGUUUCUCCGACAGCGUCACUCAGUCUCCGGCUCGCACUCCUGUCUUCCUCAACUCGAAUGCCCCGCCCCCAGCCCCGCCCCCUUUACCCCCUCCCCCGCCGCCUCUGCCAGCCAGCCAAUCAGGUUCAAGGAUGCGAGGUUCAGGCCCGCCUCCAAUCCCUCCCUUACCUUCCCAGCAUCCCCCGGCCAUCCCCCCUCCCCCCGCCCCCCUCCAGAUCGCCCCGGGUGUCCUUCACCCCGCCCCCCCUCCGGUGGCUCCGCCCCUUCACUCAUCCCCCGCCCGCGGACAGCAGGCUCCGCCCACAUGUGGCGAUGGGAUGGUUUUGCCGCCGCCCCCUCCUCCCCCUCCUCUUCCUCUCCUGGGAAACAGAAGCUCCUCCCCCUGCACAUCAUAUGCCCCGCCCUCCAUGCCUUCCUUCCCAUCAGGGGCCGUUUCGUCGCCGCCCACUCACUCGGGUCACGAGGUCAAGCGGAACCCCUCAAACCUGCCGCCAAUCAGCGACGCCCGCAGCGUCCUAUUGGAGGCCAUCCGUAAAGGGAUCCAGCUGAGGAAGGUGGAGGAGCAGCGGGAACAGGAGGCCAAACACGAGCGCGUGGGGAACGACGUGGCCACUAUCCUGUCCCGUCGCAUCGCAGUGGAGUACAGCGACUCCGAGGACGAGUCCGAGUUCGAUGAGGUUGACUGGAUGGAGUGAGAGUGUGUGUGUGUGUCUGUGUGAGUGUGUGUGUGUGUGUGUGUGUGUGUGUGUGUGUGUGUGUGUGUGUGUGUGUGUGUCCCGUCACAUCGCAGUGGAGUACAGCGACUCCGAGGACGAGUCCGAGUUCGAUGAGGUCGACUGGAUGGAGUGAGAGUGUGUGUGUGUCUGUGUGAGUGUGUGUGUGUGUGUGUGUGUCUGUGUGUGUCCCAUCACAUCGCAGUGGAGUACAGCGACUCCGAGGACGAGUCCGAGUUCGAUGAGGUCGACUGGAUGGAGUGAGAGAGUGUGUGUGUGUGUGUGUGUGAGUGUGUGUGAGUGUCUG